UGUGUCGUAGAGCGUCGCGCAGUGGAGAAACGGUAAAGACGCAGUCAAACGGCCGUACUCGCAGACGAUCUCUCAGUCGUAAACCAGAAUCGGAGUCUCAGAAGCGUAACGUGCAGCACGUUACCAUAGCUGACGUGACACGCAGCCCGGCGGCGCUGCUGAAAACACCGCAGAUUACUGUCGGCGUGAAAGUCGCCGACGGGGGCGGCACUCUCCGAUGGACUCCGGACACUGGGGCUGAAGUCAGCGUCAUCGGCGAGCGAGAAGCCAAGAGCAUCAGUGUGGAUGUAACUCGCCUAACACCGCUGAACGAAAAACUAUAUGCGGCUGGAGGAGGACAGCUAGAUUCAGCUGGAACAUUCUCAUGUGAGCUGCAUCUCGGAGAUAGGCAAGUCACUACCGAAGUCGUGGUCUUAAACAGAUUCGAUGGAGCACUGCUUUCGUGGACUGAAUGCAUCGGACUGGGGAUACUUCCCCCGGACUUCCCACGCCAGAUCAAGUCAACUGAGUACGCGGCAAGUGGACAGACACAGUCAGCCCGCGGAGCCCGCCGUGACACCAGCCGGCGGCGCUCACGCUCGCUAACUUCAGAACUUCAGAAUCAGAAAGAUGAAACUGCGGUGUCUACGGUGCUGACCCGGUCGGGCGGAGGAAAUACACUCCCUACCUGGGUUCUAGAGCGCGCUCCUACGGAACAUGAGCGCAACAGUCACGCGGAAAGUCUAAAAGAAGCAUUCAAUAGCGUGUUCGAAGACGGAACUUUGCGAAAGAUGGCCGGACCACCAAUGCGAAUCCAGUUGAAAGAGGACGUGAAGCCGGUCGCGACAACUGCGGCUAGAGCCAUACCGUACGCCUGGCGCGACGACAUCAAGAAUCAGCUGGAUGAUCUCGCACGUCAGGGCAUCAUCGUGCCGGUCAGCGAGCCCACCGAGUGGUGCCACCCCAUGACGCCUGUGGUCAAAACUACAUCCGACGGAACGCAAAAAGUGAGACUGUGCGUCGACCUGACACGACUCAAUGAGCACGUCCGCCGUCCGGCUUACCCUAUGAAGACGCCUCACGAUGUGGUGUCAGCCAUCGGAACAGGGGCCAAGUACUUCACGAAGCUGGACGCAAAAAGUGGAUAUUUCCAGAUUCCGCUCCAUGAAGACGAUCAGCACCUGACGUGCUUCAUUACACCGUGGGGCCGGUACAUGUUCACGCGCGCAGUCAUGGGUCUGUCGUCUUCGGGCGAUGAAUACAACCAGCGAGGCGAUCAAGCACUGGCAGGGCUGCAAAAUACCUGCAAGAUCGUGGACGAUAUUCUCAUCUACUCGGAGGACUACAGCAGUCAUCUGAAGCAAGUUCAAGACGUGCUCAGGAGAUGCGAGGAGCACGGAAUCACGCUGAACGUUGAUAAGAUGGCGUUCGCCCAAGCAGAGGUCGAAUACUGCGGCUACACCGUCGGAGAGCACGGGUUCAAACCCGACGAAAGGAAAAUACGAGCGAUAGCUGAGUUCCCCGCUCCAGCCACACUCACAGACUUGAGAAGCUUCCUCGGGCUGGUAAAUCAACUGGGUGAAUUCUCGGCUGACAUCGCGAGAGCAGCCGCACCACUGCGCGACCUCCUAAAGCCGAGUAACGUCUGGACCUGGACUGAAGUUCACCAGAAUGCGUUCAAUGACGUCAAAAAGGCGCUGACGUCACCGCCGAUACUCGCGUUCUUCGAUCCGGCACUCCCCACUGUACUUCAGACCGACGCAUCCCGCCUGCAUGGACUGGGAUUCGCGCUGAUGCAGGAACACGGAGAUCGGUGGCGGCUCGUGCAGUGCGGGCCAAGAUUUCUAACGGACACAGAGAGCCGUUACAGCGUCAUCGAACUUGAGAUGCUGGCGCUCGUGUGGAGCGUGCGUAAGUGCAGAACAUAUCUGGCUGGCCUCACAUUCGAAGCCGUGUUGGAUCAUCGCCCACUGAUCCCAAUCCUGAACAACAAGCUGCUGGCGGACAUCGAAAACCCGAGGUUCCAGCGCCUCAGGCACGCGCUGAUGGCCUACAGCUUCACAGCCUCGUUGAGGAGUGGUAGCAAACACUGCGUACCGGACGCACUGUCUCGUGCUCCAGUCGACGAGCCGUCUACAGACGAUGCAGAGGCAGAAAAGGACCUCAACAGCUACGUCAGAGCCGUCGUCGUCGGCGCGGUAGCGCACGUCACUGACGAGCACGGUCCGACGCGGUCGCAAGAGAGGUCACCAGAUCUGAUGUUGACAAGAAUCAGAGAUGCAGGGAGUUUGGAUGAUGAAUAUGUCAGCCUGCGGGCGGCAGUAGAAGAGGGAUUUCCCUCCGAGAAGACGGACCUACCGACUGAGCUCCGUCCGUACUGGCCCUACCGUGAUCAGCUAUCUGUAGACGGAGAUGUACUGCUCAUGGGCGCGAGGCUGGUCAUCCCUGCUUCACUGCGUCGAGACGUCCUGGCAAAGCUACAUGCCAGCCAUCAAGGCAUCGACAAGACAAAACGGCGCGGUCGCCAGUCAGUCUUCUGGCCUAGUCUGAACAAUGACAUCGAGAACACCGUGAGAACAUGCCGUCCAUGCCGCGAGAAUCUCCCCAGCCAGAGGAAAGAACCUCUGAUGGAUGACCCGGCACCAAAACGCGUGUUCGAGAGCGUCUCAGCUGACUUCUUCACCGCGGCUGGCAAGCCAUUUUUGGUGUAUGUCGACCGCCUGUCCGGCUGGCCGGUCAUUGCUACAUUCUCACGUGAUGCCACAGCCCGUGAUCUAGUGACGACGCUUCGAAAGAUAUUCGCUUCGACUGGAGUGCCGAACGUGUUGCGCACGGAUGGGGGGCCCCAGUUCAGUGCAAAGAUCACCAGAGACUUCAUGAAGAGAUGGCAGAUCGAUCACCGGAUGUCGACGCCGUACUAUCCACAGUCCAACGGGCACGCCGAAGCAGCGGUCAAGUCGGCAAAGAGACUCAUUCUCAAGACCACUCAGAACGGGAACACGGACUCGGAUGAGUUCGCAAAAGGACUACUAGAACUGCGCAAUACGCCGAGGGCAGACGGGCGCUCACCCGCUCAGGUCCUGUUUGGUCAUUCCCUCAGAUCCGCAGUUCCGGCACACUAUCGUGCCUUCGCCCCACGGGUGGUGCGCCGUCCGCAGCAGGUACUGAAAAGAGGACGGAGAGGACGGGCACGAAGGCGCCCGUAAAAAAUGGUGCGGACUUUCCGCAGUGUCCGCUUAGGUGGUUACGCCCGUACAGUUUUACUAGAACGUUUGGCAGCACGCGGUGGUAUAUGCAGCUUUGCGCGCAACAAGUGCCGCUCUUUCAAAUAAAGUCCCUAGGAACCGCGGAGAUCCUAAAAAAGUAAACAAAAGUAAAAGUCUAAUAUCUUGAAAAUCGGUGAAUACUUUUCGAUGAAAUUUGGUAGAUAUUCGUUUUCGCUCUUACUGAACCGAGCGACAUCACUUUCAUGCCAAUUCAUAAACUUUUUGGAAGGUGGGAGGGUGCCUUUAACCAAAAGCAUUUGUGUUCAGAAAUGUUGAAAGGCGCGCCGGUACUUUCCGGAUACCCUGGAUGUUCCUAUAGUUCGUUGACACAUUUCCCAUGUCAAUAAAGCAUGCAAGAACCCGCCAAAAAGUUUAUAUGUAUAAUGUUUAUGCCUAUGCAAUAUACCGGGUGGAAAGAUA